AUGUCAACCGAGGCCAUCGGGGCGACGAGGGCUACGGCGACGACCACCACGACGUCCACAAUCGACUGUAUUGUCGAGAAACUCAUGCAGAAGGAUCGCGAUCUCGAAAUUGCUGCCAAGAUCGGUCAGUCGCUGCUCGAGCAGAAUCGAGACCUGCAGCAACGGACAGAAUUCCUCGAAGAAAGCUUAGCCAAAAGCUCUGAGGAAAUGGUCCAAAUGAAGCAUGAGUUGGACCGUAAAGCUGAGUUGCUCCGAGUCUAUUGCCGCUAUGAUGACGACGGCUUUACCAGUUCCAGAGAGACGACGGAUGAUUCUCUGAAAAAACGCUUAGAAAAAACUAAGCUGGAGAACAUUCAGCUCAAACACGAUGUGUUCUCCAUAAAAAAGGAAAUGGAGGCACAAAUCGAACGCGAUCGAAAGCGAUACGAAGAAGUAUCACGGCAGUUCGAGCUAGCACAACAGCAGAUCGUCUCAUUACAUGCUCAAGUCGUCGAAAGAGGCGAAGAUUAUGCUGCUCAGUCUGUAGUGGUGGAAAAACUGCUACGAGAGAUUUCCCUCAAGUGCUGUCGUGAACGUGAGCUGACAGCCGAGAAUGCCGAUCUGAGUCGGCAGGUUGAGGAAGCUUUGCAGAGGCAGAAUGAGCUUGGCAUGCAGAUGAAGGAGCUCCAGGACCGCUAUGCAGAAUUGAGCUGUUUGUUCUCUGAUGCCGAAGAGGAGCUGUGUCGUUUCCGAUCAGCUCCGCCGAUGAGAGCUGGCUCAGUGGAUUCGCUUUAUGACUCGCUGGCUUCUGAGUUGGAGAACAGCGACAGCGGAUUCUCAACGACACCAGCUAUGAGUGCUCGAGCUGGACAGGCUCUAUCACUUCGUCUUGAACUCCAGAAGGCGUCAGAGGCGAUCGAGGCUGCAUCGCCAUCGAAAGAAGAGAUCGAUGUGCCUUCAAGUGUACUAGCUGAGGUGGUUAGAAAGAAAAUUUCUAUUGAGCCCAUUGCACCACCCCAGACACCGUUGAGCGAGGUGGCGCCUACGCCUGAAACACCCAGAAGACGGCUUGAACUCACACGAAAGCUCACCUGUGAUGUCAGCACUUCCUGUUCCGAGUUAGCUGGGCCGUCGCUCAGUCCCGUCGCUACCUCAACUCCUGAUAGACCAUCAAUAUCUAACGAGGGCCGUCGCUCAGUCCCGUCGCUACCUCAACUCCUGAUAGACCAUCGAUAUCUAACGAGGGUAUUCUGCAGGGUAGCCCCUGUUCCACGACCGAUAACGAAGUGCUCAUCAGACGAUUCCCUUGAAGACUACGUGGCACCGAAAAUGGGUGAACCUGGAGUUCCGGGUACACGUGACCUUAUUGUUUCGCUGAAAAUGCUGAGAGCACGUCGAAAGGUAGAACACGAUUACGCCAUGUUUCUACAUCGAAAAGGCCUACCGCCUAGUUCAUUCUUCCCUGAACAACCGUCGGCAUCAAAAUGUCCAAAACCGAAAGAGGAGUGGACUGAUUUCAGCGUGAUUCUCGGCCAAGAUCAUCAAAGGAUGGUUAGAGCAUACACUGGUGCAGCAACCAUUGGAUUGGGGUCUCUCAAGUCUUCGGAACAGUCCGGUGUGCUCUCUAGAGCUGAGCUCGUCUCGCCCUUGUCGUCACCGCAACGUUUCGGUACUGCUUCGAUGUCGAGCGGACUGCGUUCGCUGGCCUCAUCGAUGGGAGAUGCGUUCUCGGGCCGAGGCAUCAUUCUCCGUCGAUUCUGA